AUGCAACUUUACUCUACUGUUAUUAGUGCCUUCGCGGCAAUACUAUUCUUGCCUUCUUCGACCUUUUGCGCACCAACGGUGAGCCAGGCAGCGACUCCGAAAUAUGUAUUUGCGCACUUCAUGGUCGGAAUUGUUCAAGACUAUAAACUUACAGACUGGAAGACGGACAUGUCCUAUGCACAAGAGAUUGGUAUUGACGCGUUCGCUCUAAACUGUGCAAGCAUCGAUAGUUAUACACCCACUCAGCUUGCCCUCGCCUACCAAGCGGCCAAGGAAACUGGAUUUCAUGUCUUUAUAUCAUUCGACUUUGCGUAUUGGAACAAUGGAAACACCAACAAUAUCACAGAUUAUAUGAACCAAUAUGCAUCUCAUCCAGGACAAAUGCAAUACAAUGGGGGAGCUGUUGUCAGUACCUUUGUGGGUGACAGUUUCAACUGGGCACCCGUCAAAGCUGGAACAAAUCACACGCUUUUCGCGAUUCCUAUGAUGCAAGAUCCGAUUGAAGCAACUUAUCUACCGACAUCAUUCGAUGGCGCUUUCUCUUGGCUGGCGUGGCCUACAGCUGGCGGAAAUAGUAUUAUACCUGGCCCAAUGACAACUAUAUGGGAUGAUGGAUUCUUCUUAUAUCUUGCGGGAAAGCCUUACAUGGCCCCUGUCUCUCCAUGGUUUUCCACACAUUUCAACUCUAAGAACUGGGUCUUCAUAUGCGAAGAACUCAUCACCGAUAGAUGGAAUCAAAUGCUGACUAUGAAACCCGCACUUGUCGAGAUAAUAUCCUGGAAUGACUUUGGAGAAUCUCACUACAUCUCUCCCGCCGAACCAAAUCAUACUGAUGAUGGUUCAUCACAGUGGACCAAUGGUUUUCCUCACGAUGGUUGGCGCAUUAUCUCCAAACCAUACAUUGCUGCAUAUAAAGCGGGCGCAAGUGCACCAACUGUCACACAAGAUCAACUCGUAUAUUGGUAUCGACCAACACCUAAAGGUACCACUUGCACAAACGACACCCUCGGACCUCCAAAUGGUCUCCAGAUGCUUGCCGACGACAUAUUCGUCACCACACUCCUCAAAAGUCCAGCAACUCUGAUCGUGACCAGUGGAAAUAAUACUGCGGUGUCCGUCAAUGUACCCGCUGGUAUUGUCACCACAAAUGUUACCAUGGGUGUAGGGAAUCAAUAUUUUCAGGUCGUGAGAAAUGGCAGUGCCAUUUUGAACGGAUAUGGUGGUUUAAAUAUUGUCAGUACUUGUGAAAAGUAUAAUUUCAAUGCAUAUGUAGGAUCUCUGAAUGGGACAAGUAAUGCCGGGCCACCACCACCCGUUACAACCACGUCGACUAGUAUUCUACCAACAUCGACUUCGACUUCCACAUUAUUAACCUCAACUACGACCACAACCAGUACAAUCACCAGUGUUCCACCAACAUCAACCUCAACCACAACAUCGUCAACAACCUCAACAUCGCCAACAACCACAACCACAACAUCACGAACUACAUCUACAUCUACAAUCACUUCAUCCACUUCCACUUCAGCCUCAUCCACCUCCACUUCCACUUCCUCUCCCUCCCCUUCUACAGUCUGUACCUCAGGCAUAGGUCCAGGAAAUUACAUCGGCCUCUGCCAAUUCUGCUGCAACUACGGAUAUUGUCCCCCUGGCCCAUGCACAUGUCUAUCAUACGGCACCCAGAUUUCUCCGCCACCGAUUACAAAUCAAACGGGCUAUCCGUUACAGGGAGAAGAUGAUAGUUAUUUAGAUUAUAACUCACCUCCUAAUAUUGCAACGAUUCUGAGCAGGCGAGAACAUAAGCUUUGGGUAACUUCACCUGAGCGGCUCAGGCGUGCUAGAGCUCUUCAGUCUAAACUUUUGGGACUCAUUUCAGCAGCAAAGACAAACUUCUUCAGAAUCGGAACACCUCAAGAAAGAAAUCUCGGUUUCAAGUGGUUGUUUUCGAUUACUGAAUAUGGCGGGUUUCCCAAUGAGCCAGAUGAAACAAUUGAAUUUUGUCCACUGCCGCAAAAUAUUGUUAUAACAUGGACUUUGAAAGAUAUCAAUCGAUGCCACGAUGCUGUUGAUAAAGGGUUCGUUCAAAUUACAACAUAUACCCGAUCUCCCUCAUGGAGUAGGACCGAGAUUCAUCAAUAUUUGAGAUGUCGAGUAUACGAUUUCAUAGAAUCAUCACUCGGACGUCAUCUGAUACCCCGACCAAGGAAUUUCAGUCCGAUUUCGAAUGACAACGACGUGAACUUUUACCGAUGGAAGUUCAGCGAGAGUUACCCCGAGUUUCUUUCUGUACCUUUCUCUCUGUGGCCUCAAGCAAAUUAUUUCGAGCUCAACAAUGCUUUAAAUGCUGGAGCCCUUGAGGUUGUUCCAGUUAGCGAAAUUCUAUCUCUAAAUCUCAAAGAGGAACAUAGGGCGUCUCGAAUUAAGGUCUUAUCAAAGACGCAUGGUUUAAGCAGUACUAAAGCGCAGCUCAAUAAGAAUGAUCGCCGACAAUCUCAAAUGGAAACCAGUGAUUCAUUUCAAGACGAUGUGGGCCAUUCUCAUUUCGUGACAGGAGAGAAAUACAACACUUCAAGGGACCCCUCUCUCGUCAAGCCUUCAAAACCCGAUGUGUUAUAUUGGAAUCCUGAUUCUUCUAUUUUAUCAAUGGCAAAGGGGCCCUUUCUUGAGCAUAAUGUACAAGCACCAGCAAGCGAAGGUGGCCAGCAGAAUAACGAAGAUGUAAUAGCAAGUGAACCUAACAGGGAUUUAAGUAACGCCGAUCUUGUGAGCCUCUGCAACCAAGCAUGGAUUAGUUUAGAAAACCAGCACAAAAAAAAUGGCUUCAAGCACGACUAUACCCGAGCCACGCUCAACCUGGGUUUGGCUUUGACAGUGCAAAUAAAAGAGCAGAUUCAGCGAGCCAACGCUUUCGAGCGUGAGAACUACGAUCUGAAAAUGCAGGUUCUGCAACUAGAACACAACCAAGUUGAUCUGCAACAGCAAUUAUCAAACACGCGGGCAAAUGAUGAAAAGGAGAUUUCGAAGGCAAGGUUGGAAGGAGAGAAGAUUGCGGAGAAGAAUGUUCAACGACUUUGGAACUCGGCAAAAGAACGGGGCAGAGUGAUAGGAGUUCAAGCUCGUCCUGGUCCUUCGCCUCGAGCUCUAGAUACGCCGAAUUUUCGAACAGAAGAAAGACAGGGUAAUGUUUCGAAAAAGAUGCCUUCAAUGUGCGCUAAUGAAAAUAGUGGUCACAUCCGCAAAGAAGAUGUCCCAUGUUCAAUUCCACCAUUCGACCCAGGUCACUCGACAUCAGUGGAUGCGAUUCCGACUCUUUCCACUGGACUUCUCCCAACCAUCGCAGAUUUCGAAACGCAGCAUUCCCAUCAUAGGAUUCCUGUCACUAACGCCUCCGUUCAGAUACCACCAAGCACCCGUGCAUUUCACAAAUCUUUUCUAAACGACUUUUUAGGAUCCAUCAAUCGCACCCUAAACAAUAUUCCGUCAUCCCACAUCCAUAACCCUGUCCAAUGGACCACAUUUUUCACCAUACAUAUAGAUACUCAACCAUAUAUAUUGCCCCUGUCUACGAGUCCUGUGCAGACUUAUGGUCAAAUUGUUCACUUUAUCUCCCGGCCUACAGCAGAAACACCCCGAGCCACUCUAGGAACCACUUACCCCACCCUCUUACAACUUCCACAGGAUAGUGAUCAAUAUUAUUACAUCGGUCAUCUUGUUGUUAGCAGCGUCGUCACAACCCACGAUUUCGACCAAGUUUUGAAAAAUAUGCCAGAAAAUAACGAACACACGAAACAAACCAAACGCAAACUACUUAAAGAGAGAGACCGGACUCUAGGCUCGGCGGAAGCAGUCCCAAAAGAUAUGCAGGUGGAUUUCUACAUGUUACAGUAUGUGUUUUUCGGAACAGAGCAAUACAAGAUUCUCGCAAGUGCUCAACAGAAGUUUGAUGAUUUGGAGGCCGCAAAUUACACAAUCGAUUCGUUGUUUAAGGAGCAUGUUCACAAUACUGUGAAUAUAUCUUUUUAUUCUCCUUUGAUGACCAAUGUUCCUACUGUACCUGCAGCAAUGAAGAGAAGAUAUCCGUUUGGUGAUGAGAACGGACGCCCUUUAAACUCAUAUGGCCGUCAUACACCAAUUCCUCUGGCUAAGAGGUUUUCCAAUGGACCUGUGACAAUGGAGAGAAGAUGUCAAUUUGGUGGUGGUGAUGAAACGCGGUCAGAGUCGCAGGAUCAUCAUACCGUGAGCUCACCUCCUUCUCACGCACCCAAACACAAUAUUCCAAAGAAAAAUUUCUGGUCGCCAGAAGUUGAAAUUUGGUCUGAAUUCAAACUUUAUGGAGUCACAACAACAUAUACAAUAUAUACUGCUCUAUACGAGUUAAUAUGGUGUUUCAUAUAA